CGUGCUACUCUGCAUUUUCACUGCAUCACAGAAUCCCUUUACUGGAGCUGGCGCGACUCGACAGACUGCCGAUUUGUUUAGUAUCUAUCUCAGUAUCACUUUCAGCAUUGACUUGUUCUCAAUUGCAGAAAUAUGGCAGCCCAAGAACUUGCAAUCUUGAGUGUUUUCAACAAGGAAGGUCUGAUUGACUUUGCCACCCAGCUUCAUCGCUUAGGUCUACAGCUGAUUGCCUCUGGAGGAACAUCCAAGGCUCUCAAGGCGGCUGGUAUCCCUGUCAAAGAUGUGAGUGACAUCACAGGAGUAGCUGAGAUGCUUGGAGGGAGGGUCAAAACCCUCCAUCCAGCCGUCCAUGGAGGUAUCCUGGCAAGGAAAACUGAGGAAGAUGCUGCUGAUCUGCUGAAAAAUAACUACCAAUACAUCAGGGUGGUAGCAUGUAACCUGUAUCCCUUUGAGCAGACUAUCGCCAAACCGGAAGUAGCCGUGGCAGAUGCUGUGGAGAACAUCGAUAUUGGUGGUGUGACUCUCCUGAGGGCUGCAGCUAAGAAUCAUGCUAGAGUAACCACUGUGUGCGAUCCCACAGACUACUCCAACAUUAUCCAAGAGAUGGUUGAGAGGCCAGAUAAUGAUACAACCAUUGAGAGUAGGAAGGCACUAGCAGUCAAGGCCUUCAAUCACACAGCCACCUACGACAUGGCCAUCUCCAACUACUUCAGGCAGCAGUACAGCGAGGGUCAGUCCAACCUUCCUCUGCGGUACGGCACCAAUCCUCACCAGAAACCGGCCCAGCUAUCCACCUUCCUCCCCAAGCUACCGCUAGAGGUCAUCAACGGGUCACCAGGAUUCAUCAAUCUCUGCGAUGCUUUCAAUGCUUGGCAGCUGGUUAAGGAACUCAAAGCUGCUCUGGGUCUCCCUGCUGCUUCUUCCUUCAAGCAUGUCAGUCCUGCAGGUGCUGCUGUUGGAGUUCCCUUGUCCGCUGAGGAAGCUAAGGUUUCUAUGGUGGAUGACAUGAUAGACACGCUUACUCCAUUAGCUACAGCAUAUGCAAGGGCAAGGGGUGCAGACAGAAUGUCAUCUUUUGGUGAUUUUGUUGCUCUUUCCGAUGUCUGUGAUCUACCAACAGCUAAAAUCAUCUCUAGAGAGGUCUCUGAUGGCAUCAUUGCCCCAGGAUAUGACCCUGAGGCUCUAGCUGUGCUAGCCAAGAAGAAAGGAGGCAAAUAUUGUGUGCUUAAGAUGGAUCCUACCUAUGAGCCUGAUGCAAUGGAGACACGUACAUUGUAUGGAAUGCAGCUGACUCAGCUCAGGAACAACGCAGACAUCACCAAGAAAAUGUUUGGCAAUGUGGUUACAGACAAGAACGUGUUGAGUGACGGCGCCCUUCGUGACCUGAUUGUUGCCACAAUAGCAGUCAAGUACAUCCAAUCUAACUCGAUCUGCUACGCUAAGAACGGUCAGGUCAUCGGCACAGGAGCAGGCCAGCAGUCCCGUAUUCACUGCACAAGACUUGCGGGAGACAAGGCUAACAACUGGUGGCUCCGUCAUCACCCCAAUGUUCAGUCAAUGAAGUUCAAGCCUGGUGUGAAGAGAGCCGAGAUGUCCAAUGUCAUAGAUGUCUAUGUGAACGGAACUGUAGGAGAGGACAUGAGCCGAGAGACUUGGGAAGGGAUGUUGGAAAAUCCACCUGCCAUUCUGACCGAGGCUGAACGCAAGGAAUGGAUCUCACAGCUGAGUGAUGUCGCUUUGAGUUCAGAUGCUUUCUUCCCAUUCAGAGACAACAUUGACCGAGCUAGUCAGAGUGGCGUGUCCUACAUUGCUAGUCCUAAAGGAGCUUUGGCAGACCAGGCUAUCAUCGAGGCAUGUAAUGAACACCACAUCAUCCUCUCCCAUACUGACGUCAGACUGUUCCAUCAUUAGAAUGCAUGCCAGUAAUCAGAUUACAGUAUUACCUGUGUUUAAAAAGGUAUAUAGGGAUUAAUGUCUAUGUACUAGCAAACAUGAAUGCCUAAUACUAACCUAAUCUCUGCCACAGUGAGUCAAGUGUAUCUACAUUUUACUCCAUGUAGUCUAUUCUAAAUGUAGCUUCUUUAUUUUUCUUCUUUAGGCUGAUUUGUGCUAUAGUGCAUAGGUGUAUAAAAAUCCACCCAUUGAUUAUUGGACGGGCUUAGCCUUUAUAUUCCAAUGAAAAUUAUUGAUUGAUUGAAUAAUACCUGUUGAAGCUGAAAGCUUAAAUUCGUCUCUGAAGAGAGUUCUUGUUUUGUUAAGUGUUCAGGUUGUCCCACAACACAUAGUUUUGUGUAAGAAAUAUUUAUUACCCAUUUUGCCAACUUAUCUGUAAUAAAGCUUUUUGUAUUGAAAUAGAUGCGUUUACUGCAUCACAUUUAAUUUUCAGUAUAAUUUAAGGCAAGACUUAGUUAUCAAAGAGGCCUGUUGAAGCUGAUUAUUGAAAUUUAUCUCUGAAGAGAGUUCUUGUUUUGUUAAGUGUUCAGGCUGUUCCACAACACAUAGUUUUGUUUAUGAAGUAUUUGUAACUUAUUUUGCCAGCUUGUCUGUAAUGAAGCUUUUUGUAUUGAAAUAGAUGCAUUUACUGCAUCACACAUUUAGUUCUUCAAUAUAUUUUAAGGCAAGACUUAAGUUCACAAAGAGGCUUCUUUGUUUUUUGCACAAAUUCUCCUUUGAUCAUCAUUGAAAUGUACUAUUCAUUCAGUACUGAUUUGAAUUUAUUCAUUAAAUUUUGUAGAAAUUGAAUAAUGAAAGAAAUCUUUAAUGUACACAGUUUAUAUAGUGUGCAUAAAAUUGAAGUCAUGUGUACUGUGACCAUAUUCUGAUCUUAUGCUAAUUACAAUAUAAUUUUUGUUCUGAAUGUUUUGGGGGUCAUGAUACUCCAUCUAUGUAGUAUGUUAUCAGUUUGUAAGAAAUAUGUCAAACAUUCCACUAUUCAGUUUGUGAUCAUGCACUUAAUGUUCUUCUAAAUGUUGUAUCAUUGCCAGUUUUAAUUGUCGUCAUUUUGCAAGAUUGCAUUCAACGGCUCUUGUAGAUCUGUUUUCAUAAAGUAUUACUAUCAGUACAAAACAGAAAGCCAUGUCCUGUUAAGAAUCAUGUCUCAGUUUUUCAAUGUGACCCAAGUUGUAAAAAUAGUAAAGAUCUCAGUUUGAGAUUUCUUCACUUUCUAAAGAAUGCAUUAUAUUUCAUUUAUUGAUUCUAUAUUUCAAGAUGACUGUCGAUGAAUAAAUGGUGAAACAUGCAUAACUAUGUCACUUAAAUUUUGUUCAACUGUUUGGACUUCAUGAAAAAUAUUGUAUUAAUGACAGGUCUGAAAUAUUUACACUUUGUGUUCUGAAUACGGUAAUCACACUACGUGUGAGCUUAUAUGUUUGUUAUAAAUGCAAGUGAUAUGUUUGCAUUAAAUGCAAUUGAUAUGUUUGUAUUAAAUGCAAGUGAUUUGUUUGUAUUAAAUGCAAAUGAUAUGUCUGUAUUAAAUGCAAGUGAUAUGUUUGUAUUAAAUGCAGCUUUGAUUUUCUUUGGUCACCAUGAUCCCUGUA